GCUUUCGAUCAGCAACUCGCCAGAGAGACUUCCUGGCGUGAGAGAGUAUCCUUCUGCCCACUCUGUUCCUCUUCGCGGCUCUUCCUGUUAAGCAGCCGGAACGAUCUUUCUAGAGUUUCACUCUGGGUGCUCUUCCUCCAUAGCUUCGAACUUGUUUUUGGGGUGCGAAAGGGGAGGUGGGGCUGGGGUUAGAUUUGGGGCAUUAUCUGAAGUGGGGAUAUUUGUGGCCUAGACUGAGUUUAUAGUGUUCGCGAUCGAUCAUGUCGGUACCCAAGGAGCUGGACCAGGUUAUGAAGCUCAGAGGAGGAUCUGUGCUAGGUAAGAAGACCAUUCUCAAGAGCGACCAUUUUCCAGGUUGUCAGAACAGACGAUUGUCUCCGCAGAUCGAUGGAGCCCCCAAUUACCGCCAGGCUGACUCCCUAUGCGUCCAUGGUGUUGCUAUCCCAACCGUUGAUGGUAUCCGAAAUGUUCUCAACCAUAUUGGGGCUCAAAUAGAUAAGAAGCAAGCUAAAGUACUUUGGAUUAGCCUUCGUGAGGAACCGGUGGUAUACAUUAAUGGACGCCCUUUUGUUUUGCGCGAUGUAGAGAGACCCUUCUCUAAUCUCGAGUACACGGGAAUCAAUAGGGCUAGGGUUGAACAAAUGGAGGCUCGGUUGAAAGAGGAUGUCUUACUGGAGGCUGCUAGAUAUGGAAAUAAGAUCCUUGUCACUGAUGAGCUGCCAGAUGGUCAAAUGGUGGACCAAUGGGAGCCAGUAACAUGCGAGUCCGUGAAGACUCCUUUAGAGGUGUACGAGGAACUACAAGUCAAUGGGUACCUUGUUGACUAUGAACGUGUUCCCAUAACUGAUGAAAAAUCACCAAAGGAGCAGGAUUUCGAUAUAUUGGUUCAUAGAAUUUCUCAAGUAAAUAUAAAUACAGAGAUAAUUUUUAACUGUCAAAUGGGGCGUGGACGGACCACAACUGGGAUGGUGAUUGCUACUUUGGUUUACCUAAAUCGAACAGGAGCUUCAGGCAUAAGGAGAAACAAUCCUAUUGGCAAAGUUUUUGACAUGAGUUCCGAUGCAACCAAUAAUUUACCAAAUUCGGAGGAGGCAAUUCGAAGGGGAGAAUAUGCAGUUGUAAGAAGCUUGGUUCGGGUCCUAGAGGGAGGUGUCGAAGGCAAAAGACAAGUGGAUGAAGUCAUUGACAAGUGUGCCUCUAUGCAGAACUUACGUGAAGCCAUUGCUACAUAUCGCAAUAGUAUUCUGCGCCAACCGGAUGAAAUGAAAAGAGAGGCAUUGCUUUCUUUUUUUGUGGAGUACUUGGAAAGAUAUUACUUUCUUAUAUGCUUUGCCGUAUAUAUUCAUACAGAGAGAGCAGCGCUCCAUCCGAGUUCCUCUGGUCAUUGCAGUUUUGCGGACUGGAUGAGAGCUAGACCAGAGUUGUAUAGCAUAAUUCGCAGGUUGCUUAGAAGAGACCCAAUGGGUGCACUUGGUUAUGCAAGCUUGAAACCAUCAUUAAUGAAGAUAGCUGAAUGUACCGAUGGCCGCCCUUGUGAGAUGGGUAUUGUUGCUGCCCGGAGGAGUGGAGAAGUUCUUGGAAGUCAGACGGUGCUAAAGAGCGACCACUGCCCAGGCUGUCAAAAUCCAAGUUUAUUGGAGAGGGUGGAGGGUGCGCCCAACUUCAGAGAAGUUCCUGGGUUUCCAGUUUAUGGUGUUGCAAAUCCAACUUUUAGUGGUAUUCAAUCUGUUAUUCUGAGGAUUGGUAGCUCUAGAGGUGAUCGUCCAGUCUUUUGGCAUAAUAUGAGAGAAGAACCUGUUAUCUACAUCAAUGGCAAACCAUUUGUGCUUCGUGAGGUUGAGAGACCAUAUAAAAACAUGUUGGAGUAUACGGGAAUUGACCGUGAGAGAGUGGAGCGAAUGGAAGCUCGACUGAAGGAAGAUAUUCUGCGAGAAGCUGAACAGUAUGGAGGUGCUUUGAUGGUUAUUCAUGAAACAGAUGAUGGCCGAAUAUUUGAUGCUUGGGAACACGUGAGUUCUGAUGUAAUUCAGACUCCACUGGAGGUUUUCAGAUCAUUAGAGGCUGAUGGUUAUCCCAUUAAGUAUGCUCGUGUGCCCAUCACUGACGGUAAAGCUCCCAAAAGCUCUGACUUUGAUACAUUAGCAGCAAAUAUUGCCUCCGCUCCUUUGGACACUGCUUUCGUUUUCAAUUGUCAGAUGGGCAGGGGGAGGACAACCACUGGCACUGUAAUUGCUUGCCUUUUGAAACUUCGAAUUGACUAUGGGAGACCAAUUAGAAUCCUGCUUGAUGAUAGGUCGCAUGAAGAAGUGGAUGGUGGUACCUCUAGUGGUGAAGAAACUAGCAGUAAAGCUGGUGCACCUAGCUUCAGUAUUAUGAAAGAGAGAACUGGAAAAGAGCAAGGCCGUGUUUUUGGCAUAAAUGACAUUCUACUGUUGUGGAAGAUAACUACAUUAUUUGAUAAUGGGGUAGAAUGCCGGGAGGCCUUAGAUGCUAUUAUUGAUAGAUGCUCGGCUCUGCAGAACAUACGCCAAGCUGUUCUGCGGUACAGAAAAGUAUUCAAUCAACAACAUGUUGAGCCAAGGGUACGAAGGGUAGCAUUGAGCCGUGGUGCUGAGUAUUUGGAGCGAUACUUCCGUUUAAUUGCUUUUUCAGCUUAUCUUGGAAGUGAAGCAUUUGAUGGGUUUUGUGGACAAGGAAAGUCCAGGAUGACAUUUAAGGAUUGGUUGCACCAGAGACCGGAGGUCCAAGCUAUGAAAUGGAGCAUAAGAUUAAGGCCUGGGCGAUUCUUUACCGUCCCUGAGGAGUUGAGAGCACCACAUGAAUCUCAACAUGGUGAUGCAGUAAUGGAGGCUAGUGUGAAGGCUCGAAACGGCUCUGUUCUGGGGAAAGGCUCUAUACUUAAGAUGUACUUUUUUCCAGGUCAGAGAACAUCCAGCCACAUACAAAUACAAGGAGCACCACAUGUUUACAAGGUGGAUGGAUACCCUGUGUAUAGCAUGGCAACUCCAACAAUUGCUGGUGCUAAAGGAAUGCUAGCCUAUUUAGAGACCAAGCCCAUUACAGACAGAAGUGUUGCUCAGAAAGUGAUAUUAACUGAUCUGAGAGAAGAAGCAGUUGUUUACAUUAAUGGCACACCCUUUGUCCUUAGGGAACUCAAUAAACCUGUUGACACGCUCAAGCAUGUGGGGAUUACCGGUCCAGUGGUGGAACACAUGGAGGCACGUCUUAAGGAAGAUAUAUUAUAUGAGGUCCGGCAAUCUGGUGGUCGUAUGCUUCUGCAUCGUGAAGAAUAUAGCCCAUCAUUAAAUCAGUCGUAUGUCAUAGGAUACUGGGAGAACAUAUUUACAGAUGAUGUAAAGACACCUGCUGAAGUAUACACUUCACUAAAACAUGAGGGUUACAGUAUAGAAUAUAGGAGGAUACCAUUAACUAGGGAGAGAGAAGCUUUAGCUUCUGAUGUUGAUGCAAUCCAGCACUGCAAAGAUGACUGUGCAGGGUACUAUCUAUUUGUUUCACACACAGGGUUUGGAGGAGUUGCAUACGCAAUGGCUGUAAUUUGUAUUAGAUUGGGCAUAGAAACAAAUUACACACCAAGGAUACCAAAACCAUUGAUUAGUACAAAACAUACAUCUAUGCUUGAAGAGAGCUUACCUUCUCAGACUGCUGAUGAAGAAGCCCACAAAUUGGGGGACUAUCGGGACAUACUAAGCCUUACUAGAGUUCUUAUUAAUGGUCCCAAGAGCAAAGCAGAUGUUGACAUUAUAAUUGAAAGGUGUGCAGGUGCUGGGCAUUUACAGGAAGACAUUCUCUACUAUAGUAAGGAACUUGAGAAGUUCCCUAAUGACGAUGAUGAGCAUCGAGCAUACUUGAUGGAUAUGGGCAUCAAGGCUUUAAGGCGUUACUUUUUUCUGGUUGCAUUUCGAUCCUAUUUGGACUGCACUUCUGCAACUGAGACAAAAUUUACAUCCUGGAUUGAAUCGAGGCCGGAACUUGUCCAUCUCUGUAAUAACCUUAGGAUCGAUAAAUGAUUUCCAGCGCAUAGCAAUCUCUCAAUAUGAGUCACAUUCUCUCUCUCUCUCUCUCUCUCUCUCUCUCAAACGAACAAAUCCAUGUGCGGAACUCAUUGGUUGCUGGUGCGAAUAUUGUGAAUUUAUCAAAGGAAGAUGGAGUCUAUAUAAAUGCGUGAGAGAGAGAGAGAGAGAGAGAGAGAGAGAGAGUAAACUAUUAUCUUUGCAAGGGAUCACCCACUUGUGGACACAUGAAACAAUCUUUAACAUUUGAAAUAUGUAUACAACUGAAGGUGGCAUGAAGCCAGUAGCUGCUAAUCAGGAUCCGAUUUUCUUUCUUGAGGCAGGAAGGAAGGCAAGUAAAUGUUCACGAAGGAGUUAAAGGCACUAAAUGUCUUCUUAGAAUCCGCAGUGUAAGACGUUAACAAGGCUUUUAAGAGAUCUGUUUUUUUCUCUUUCCUUUUUCCUCUUUGGUACUCAAGAGUAGCAGAGGCAGUUAAUUUCAUUAUUACUAGUGGGACCAAUGUAUGAUAAGUUGUAGCAAGGAUAUUGUGUAUAUAAAUGUGAGUGAUUUAAGAGCUUGGUUAGUGCAAA